AUGGGUCUGCACAACCACUUCUCUGACGUGGCCUCCGAAUCAAUCCUCGUUAUUGUGUUGGUGCUCAUCGCCAGGUGCGCAAUUUAUCUCCGCUCCCUUGUCCUGGAUAACCUGCGCGCCUUCCGCCACGCCAUCGACCCCGACCGCCGCCGCACCCGGGCCUCCCCCUGCGAUGCCGUCAGGUCGGGCCUGGCCCGAAUCGCGGGGCUCUGCAAGAGGCUGACACAGAACCGGGCCGGAUCCCACCGGUACCGGCCCGAAUCCGGCGAGGACCGGGACUGCGUGGUGUGCCUGGACCGGCUCCGGGAAGGCGACGAGGUGCGCACGUUAGCCUGCCGACACGUGUUCCACCGGGCGUGCCUCGACUCGUGGCUCGACCAGCUCAACCUCAUCUGCCCCCUCUGCCGCGCGCCGGUCGAGCCCGACGAGUGCGUGGAGAAGAAGCGGAGGCGCGUGGAAGGUGAUAGCCUCCUCGAGUGGUUUCAGGCGACCCCUUGA